AUGCCAUACAAUUCAGACGUUUAUUUUCAGUUUAUUAGUGACCACGUUUUUUGUUUUUUAAAAGAUAGUUAUAUCUGUUUUUUGCACUUACUAAACAAUGAAAAAAAGUAUUUGUGCAUAUCAUGCAAUGAUAGCUCUAACGAGGUCAGGAAUGAAUUUGAAGGGGCGGAACAGAUCAAUUUGGGUAAUGAAACGAAAGGAAAGAAAAAUUUAAAGAUAAAUGUACGUAUAAAUAUAAAAACUAAUGUAGGUGAAAAAACGAAUAAUACAUACCAUAUAAGAAAAUUUUUUUGCAAUAAAAAUAAUCAUUCCUUAGUUGUCGUUUUAUAUAAAAACUGUGUUAAUUUACUUUGUUACAUUAUAUUUGAUGAGACGAACAACUUUAAAUCUUUUGAGGUAAAAUUCAUACAUAAAAUAAAGGCGUCUAUAAAAGACGUAACGAUAACACAAGACAGAAUUUAUGCUUUGGUAAAAAAGGGAAAGGGUGCUAGGAAUUAUGCGGAAAAGGACAUAAACGAUGAUAAUAGUAGUAGGCCGGAUCGAGACAAGAGAACUAACAACUCACGCGCCAAGCACUUGGAGCGUAAGGGCAAAAAUAUAACAGUAAAGGAAGAGAACUCAGAUGGAAAUAGUGAAAACAUAAAUAGUGUACAUAUUAUUUAUAGUGAAAAAAAUACUGUGUGCAGUUAUAACAAAAAAAAGACAAAACGUAGUAAUAUAGAACACUAUAUCUACAUUUUCGAGUUAGUAAAUGGGAAAAAGAAAUCUUUAAAAAAAAUUUUUAUUUCAAAUAUUUCAUUAUAUGUAACAAAAAUGAUAGUAUGUCCAUAUGAGGAGAACAAAAUAAUUUUAUUGUCAAAGAAAAGUAUAGUUUUUAUCUUUUUGAAGAAUAAAUCUGAAAAUUUGAAAAAUACGAAUAUAAUCAAAGAGCUCAUUUUUAAUAAUCACAUCGUUGCAAUGACUUGGUUAGAUUUUCAUAUUUUCCUUAUAUGCUUUUCAAAUAAUGAAACAAUAUUUUUUAACUUUUCAACUAAUUCGAGACAUUUCCUAUGCUUGAAAUGUUAUAACAAUUAUUCCAAAAUAACCUCUCUUUUUUAUAAACAAAAUUUCCUUUUUAUUUCAUUUGCUACGAAAGAAAUUGUUUGCUUUAGAGUUAAUUACAACGCUAUCCCCUCUGUACUCUUUAAAAAGGUAAACUCUAUAGAAGAGAACUAUUUUAAUGUGAAAUAUUUAUUUAGAAAAAAAAAAAAAAAAAAUACCAACAAAAGAGGUGGGGAGUAUGGGAGCAGAGGAAGUGAUAGCGAGUAUGAAAAUGAUAAGGGGAAUAAAAGCGAAUUGCAGAAAUGUUCUGUACAUGUUAAAGAAAGUAUUGUAGAUAAGGGGAAUACAUUACAGUUAGGAGAACGCAAACAUGGUAAAAAAGAGGGAAAAAAAAAUCAUCAUCAUAAGGGAGAAAAUAUAAAAUGUAAAAGCAGAAAUCAAAAUAACGUUAAAAACCUUUUUGAUAGUAUUUUGAAUGAUAUUUCAGAAUUAGAAAAUAAAAUAAAUAUAAAAAACUGCAGUAUAUUAAAUGAUACGGAAGAGGAAAAUAGAAACGAUUUAAAAGAAAUGUGGAGCAGAAAAACGGGAAGCUUGCAUAAUGCAUAUAUAAACGCAAACAUAUGUGCGCAAACAUGUGUUGCUGGAGGGAAUAAAAGGAAUACAAGGGAAAGAAGCAUUAUUGAGAAGGGUGAACUCGUUGGAGGAGAUGCCAUCAACCCCAAGUAUUUUAAUUUUGCACAUUUAAAAAGGAAAAAAAAAAGAAAAUUUUUAAACAUAAACUAUGAUAAAUACAGUGUGAUAGAUUUGUUAAAUAUUAUCUCGAUUGUAAAUUUGGAAAAAUAUUUAACUACAAAAAUUUACAGUAUUUACAUUUGCAUGAAUUAUUUAUGUAUUUUAUUGAAUAACGGUUUGUUAUACUAUACUAGAAAUUUUAAUGAAGAAACAGGAAGUUUGCAAGAGAUGUCUAACUUUUAUUUAUGUACUAAUAUUUCAUUACAUAAGAUUGUGAAGAUAAAAAUAAACAAAGGAGAAGAAGUGUUCACAUUAGACAAUGUACAUGUAUUAAAAAAUUAUAGUUUUAAAAAUAAUGAAUUAAAUAUUAUAAGUACAAGGGGAAAUAUAAAAACAUUUUCCUUUUUUUACAUUUUAGAAAAAUGUAAAUGUUUAUUUUUAUCCCUAACUAACGGAUCUUUUUAUUUUAUAAGUCUAAGUAAUCAUAAAAUACUCCUAUAUGGCCAUAUAAUGACCUACUUAAAAAAAAAAUAUUCGAAAAAAGGAUUCAUCGAAUAUAGUUUCUUUAACAAAGUUAAUGAGUAUAUUUAUAAUGGUUUCUUUAAAAUAAGAAAUUUUUUUUUUUUCUUUUAUUUAAUUUUUUCCGUGUCUCAUCAGAAAUUGUUUAUAUACUUUAUUCGUAAAAUUAACAUAAGGAAGUUAUUCCAAGGUGUGCGUAGUGUGGGAACGCUCUCCAACAGAGUAGAACAACAGGAUCUGCAGCAGCAUAAGCAGAUACAACAACAACAGCCGGCUCCUCACUUGUUAACCUUCUCCAUAUACAAAAACGAAUAUUCUGAUUUCCUGUGCGUUCUGUCGUCUGAUGAACGGCUGACUGAAUUCUACAUCUUCUUUAUAGAAUUAGCUGGAGAGGAAAAGGCGCUAGAGGGGAAUAACACCAGCUUAAAUAAUUUGCGGAUAUUCUACCUUCCCCUAAGACAGAAGCAUGUUGUAUAUGCAAAGGUAAUAGGGAGCUACUUAGUUGUGGUAGAUUACUAUCUACAUAUAUUUUUUUUUUACUUAAAAAAAGAAAUUUUUCAUCCUCUCUCGAAUGCUCAAAGUGAAGGCAUUUCAUUACAUAGAAUAGAAGCCAAGGUUGCCUAUGCAAUUAAAAGGGAAAGAAGAGCAGGUCGCGAUUGGAACAGCAAUGUGGUGGGUGAUAAUAAUUACAAUAAUAAUUAUUAUUAUCAUAAUAACAGGAGUAAUCAUAAUAAUAGUAAUCAUAGUAACAGUAAUCAUAAUAACAGUAAUCAUACUAAUAGUAAUCAUACUAAUAGUAAUCAUAAUAAUAGUAAUCAUAAUAAUAGUAAUCAUAAUAACAGUAAUCAUAAUAACAGUAAUCAUAAUAACAGUAAUCAUAAUAACAGUAAUCAUAAUAAUUAUAAUGAUGAUGAUAUGUAUGACGAGCUGGAAAGCUUCUUCCUAAGGAGGCGCAGGGGAAAAAGCGCAAAAAAUGCAGAUCAUUCAUAUAACGCAAAUCAUACAAAAAACUCAUCUAAUUAUCACAAUUCAGAGCAACAGAAUGAAAAAAGGACAAGUGAGACAGGAAUGGACGUAUUUCGCAUAGAUCUAGGGGAGGAAACUUUUCAUAUAAACAUACAAAAUGAAACAUGUAGGUUUAUAAAUGAAAGAAUGGAUGAGCAGAUAACACACAACAUUUGCUCUGUCGACAUUAUUACAAAUGCAAACAUUGUAAUAUCGUUUUCCUUUAACUGUUUUGAUUACCCCUUUGAAAUGAUUCCAAAUAUUCAUAUGCAAUAUCGUCCUUACUUGGGAAGGAUUAACUUCUUUUAUCAACUGAAAAUCAAAAACAAAAUGUACUCUUUCUUUUUGAAUAAAAAAAAAUUUUUUCGCUUCGAGGAGGUUCCCCCACUACCCCGGUAUGAUCAGCCGACUGGGGUAUCAUGGAGCAACAUCCCGAGUAGAGACUUCCCUGUGGUUCUUAUUGCCGAUACCACCCCUGAUGAUGAUCUUCCUCCCUCCAGCACUAACGAAACAAAUAAACAACUCCAUCCAAAUGAUAGUGCAAGUCCCUUUGAAGCAACAUACAAGGAUGAUAUACAUUUCACUUUGAACCAACUGAACGAAGAUGGUAACUUGCCGCCAAAGGAUAAUAGUUUUUUUCUAGAACAACCCAAUAUUGUGUUUUUCAAAAUAUGCAAUUGUUCGCUCCGAAAAUAUAUGCACAGCAAAAGGAGGAAUUGCUUUCAGAAUGUAAUAGAAGUCGAGCACUCGCAGAGGGGGGAAAAUAAUAAAAAAAGAAAAAAGAAAAUAAAUAAUAAAAAUAGGAAUGAUAAUGAUAAUAAUAAUGAUGAUAUAACCGAAAUGAAGAAGGAGCAAAAAGGGUACGUAGCUAAAAACGAGUGGACAUCCGACGGAGCAACGGAUGGAACGAAGGAUGAAGAAGAACGAGGAAAACACACCGCAGUAACAGCGCUCAGGACGAACUUUUUCUUUGAAAGCGAAAGUAUCAUUUUUACAUUCCUCAACGAAAACUACUAUGACUUGUCCUUACGGUGCUGUCUACAAAAUUAUAGAAAUACAUAUUUUCUGAGCGACUUACACAAAGAAUUAAAAGAAGAAAAGGAACAAAUGGAUCAGCUAAGAAAACAACUAAAAGUCUUAAUAAAUAAAAAUACCAAAAACUCAAGUGCUAUAAAAUUAGAAAGGGAACUUUUUUUUUUUGAUAAAAAAUACAUUAACGAGUCAGAAAUUCUAAUUGAUGAAUAUGAAAAAAUGAAAAAAAAUUUUGAAAAACAAAAAAAAGAAAAAGAAAAAAUUAUAAAAAUGUUAGAAAGGAAAUGUAGCAUAUUAAAUGAUGUGGACUUUUUGCACAGUUUUAGAAAUAAUGCAUAUAUCUCAAAUUUAUAUAUAAAAAAAAAAAAAAAAAAAAAAAAGGCGAAAAAAGAGAAAAAUGAGAAAAAUGAGAAAAAAGAGAAAAGAGAGAAAAAAGCGAAAAAUGAGGAAAAAGACAAAAAUGAGGAAAAAGGCAAAAAUGAGGAAAAAGACAAAAAUGAGGAAAAUGAUAAAAAUGAGGAAAACAAAGAUGAGGAAAACAAAGAUGAGGAAAACAAAGAUGAUGAAAACAAAGAUGAUGAAAACAGAGAUGAUGAAUACCCUUUUGUAUAUAGGAACAAAAUAAAAUUUCUAAGAUUUUUACAAAUAAAAGAAACCUCCUUUUUUCAAAAUGUUUCUAAAAAUCAUAAUUUAUAUUUUUUAAAAAUUACAAAAGAUUACAUAGAUCGAUAUUUAGAAGAAUUCUCCUCUGUAUUCUUUAUGCAUUAUUAUCCUUCCACAAAUAUUAAUUUAAAUUUCUUAUGUUCCAAUUUAUUUAGUCAAAAUUUUGCUGAUAAUGAAGUAGACAACUUGCAGUGGAAUUACCUUUUGUAUUAUCCCUACGAACUAUUUACUAAUUCGAGAAAGAGAAUUCACUGCUAUGUAUUACAAGUUCUCAUAGACCAGCAAAAAGUAAAGUUUCACACCAACUUUUUAAGUCUAAAAGAAGAGAAAAAGAAUUACAUGAAAGAAAUUCAUUACAUUUCAAAUAAACUCAAAUUGGCAUUAGAGGAUGUUGAGAAGUACUUAGGCCAUUCAUACUCUCACCAUAUUGAUACAAAUUUGUUUAACAAUCAUUUUUUAAAAAAAGGAAAAAACGAAAUUACUGUAGAAGCUUCAAACAUGUUUAAUCCUGAUGUUUUACUAAAAUUACAAUUAAAUAAAUUAAAGAUGCAAAAUAAAAAAGGGUAUUUGUUUACUCCAAGAAAGGUGGAAGAGGAGGAGGAGGAGGGGGACGAGGACGAGGACGAGUAUGGGACGGAUGCUACUAAUUCAGAAAGGAGAAAACAAAACCAUGCAAUUUUUAGUUUACACAUGAGGGAAGAGAAGUCCACAGGGGGUGUACUUGCAAGUGAGAGGGAAGACUGCAAAACUAUCAUGAUCCGAGACAAUCCAGAUGAUGAACAUUUAGAAAUUUACGAGAAGAAAAAAAGCGACAUUAAAAAUAAAAUUACGGACAUCCGGAAUUAUAUUUAUCAGAUAAAAGAACAGUGCGAUGAAUUCAACGAAAAGUUGAAGAUGCUACAAAAGAAGAAAUAUAACAUCCACAAGCUAAUAACACUGCACGAGUUCUACUGUGUGUCUAUUUAUGCUAUUUUAAAAAACGAAGAGAAUAAAACAGAAAUUAUUAAAAGGAUUGAAGACAAACAAACUAAAGUAGACAAUUACUUAAAGGAGCUUACACUUUUGAUGAGAAGCCUAGAUCAGAUGGAGGUUUACAAGGAAUCGUUGCAAGAUAAGAAAAACUAUCUGAUAGAGAAAUACAGGGAUAACCUAAAAAUGAACGAAUUUUUGGCGGAAAAAAAAAAAAAUUUUGAAAAGCAGUUUCUGCACGAGUGCAUGAACUUCGAUGUCCUUGUAGAGCAAAAACAGGAAAACGUCAUUGGGUUCGACUUUGACUCGAGAAAGAAUAUUUUCCUAAAAAAAAAAGUUAUCCAGAAACAUAUCUUAGAUAUCAAUCAAAUAAUACUUGAAAACUUCGAAUUGCAAAAAAAUAUCACGAAAAUAAGGGAGGAAAUUUACAAGAACAAAAUAAAAAAUAGCUACUACAAUUUCUUGCUCAUGGACAUUGACGAAGGACUUAACGACGUAAAGUAUUUGAAGCACAACUAUGAAUUUUUAUUCUGCGAUAUAAGUAAUGCAUACAAUAAAGUGCAUAACAACGUUAUAAGCUCACUAGAGAAGAAAAAGAAAAAUAGGGAAAUGAUCGCCCAAAUAGCUGAGCAGAAACUCCGGGAGCAUAUAAACAGUGUGCAAUCAAAGAUAUGCACAAUUAAAUCGGAAAAUACCGCACUUGAGAAGAACUUGCAAAGCCUAGCAAAGGAAAUAUAUGCAAUAAAAGGGGGCGAUAACAUCCUUUCACAAGCAGGUGAACCACUCAAUUUUGUAAACCCAUGUAUCGAGGGGAAAGAUGUACAGGAUAGAAAUCCCAUGAUUGACACAGAUGAACAAAACGAAUUUCCCAAAACGACAAAAACAGAAGUUGAUGACAGAAAUAGUAAUAAUUGUACUGUGCAGAGUGAAGAAAAAAAAAAAUUAUGCACGAAAGAUAUCUAUGAAAAAAGUGCUAAGCUGAAGAGAAAAUAUAAAUAG